AUGGCUGGGUUCAUAGUUCUGGUUUUUCUUCUGUUUGAAGGAGCUGCAGGUCUUAUUAAUGAGGUCACAGUGGAAUCAGGACAGAAUGCCAUCCUGAACUGUAGUGUCAGCAGAACAUCAAACAUCAGAGCGGUGGAGUGGAUCAAACAGGACAAGCUGCCAAAGAACAUCCUGUUUUUCUCCGACGGGCACUAUCGCAAACUCGAAGACCAACACCAGUCCUUCAGUGGCAGAGUGAACCUGGCCGACCUCAAGCUGAAGGACGGAGACGUGUCUCUGAUUCUGAAGAACGUGAGCGCUGAAGACAACGGGAGGUACGAGUGUUUGGUCGUUACAGGUGGUGCGAGGCGUACAAAGAGAUCGAACAUCGAUGACACGCCGGUGGAGGUCUUCCAGCUGGUGGUUAAAGGUUCACAGAAUGAGAACUCCAUCAAUGAGAACUCCAUCAAUGAGAACUCCAUCAAUGAGGUCAUGACCCGCCUUGUGUUCGUUGGAGGAGCAGCAGCUGUUUCUCUGCUUGUUGUGACUGUUGGAGGACUCGUGGUCAAUAAAAGACGUCUGCAAAAGAAGAACCCAGUUAACGAAGUAGAGCUCAAACCUCUCAGCGCUCACGUCCCAGAACCCUCUGAGUCUGUCAACACAUAGCUCCUCAUCAUGUCAGCGUCAUCAUGAAUCCCACUGCUCUUCUCUGAGAGACCCGGUCUGUAUAAGGUUAUUUAUUGAUGAACCUGAUAUUUCACCAGAUAAGUCAAUUAAGAACCAGACGAGUCGGACAAAGAGGCAGAAACAGGAAGUAGGUCGGGUCAGAAUAUCACCAUGCAGAAAAGGCUUCACAUGUCGGGACUCUCCCAGAAGAGCAGUGAGAUCCUCCAUGACGCUCAAUCAGAUAGUUCCCCUCCAUGAGUCUCUACCUUACAGUGGUGGAGAGGUUUGUGUUCUUGAGGAUCCUGGUGGCUGUAUUGCCUGGAUGAAUUACUUCCUGUCAGGGUCUCCCAUGACAAGUUGGUACCAGGGGAGGGUCAGACCAAAUGAGACUCAAUCUAAACCGCCAAUUUAUAAGUAUAUAUAGAUAUAUAUAUAUAUCUACAUAUAGAUAUAGAUAGAUAUA